AGGGAACAACAGGUGACCUCAUCCGUGGUUGUUGAGAUUGAGAAAAAUACAGAGAGGCACUGUAGAUCAGAUGCCAGAUCGAACCACCAAGACCUGCAAUUUUUAAUUUUCAUUCAGAUUCCCUUUUCACUUUUAAUUCAAAACCCUAAUUUUCUUUUUUCCACCCUCCAGCGUCGCCGUUUCUCAACAAGUCUUACCCUAAUCGUCAACCAUUCACCAAUAACGAUUCAAAAACCCAAACUUUGUGUGAAGUAGUUCAUUCCCCAUUACUCACUCGCUUGUUUUGAAUUUUAUUUGUUGCUUCGUUUCCCACUAUGAAAGAAGGUAAAUCAGUUAAACUCAACCAUCAACAACCGCACCAGAACGGUCACCUCUCGCCUUCAAAAUUCGCCAAAUUGUUUGAUCCAGAAGCAUCCUGGGACAAGGAUCAAUUGGGAGACGUAUUGCAUUGGAUUAGACAAGUGCUCGGCCUUGCGUGUGGAUUCCUUUGGGGUUCCAUACCUUUGGUUGGAGGCAUAUGGUUUAUCCUCUUUUUAGCGUUAUCCACUGGAAUUAUAUAUAGUUACUAUGCAGUAAUACUAAAGGUUGAUGAGGAAGAGUUUGGCGGUCAUGGAGCCCUCCUUCAAGAGGGGCUAUUUGCUUCCAUAACUCUUUUCCUGCUUUCCUGGAUUUUAGUUUACAGUUUAGCACACUUCUGAUUGGCUGGGCAUUGAAGCUUCAACACAGUUGAAAGAUUUACUUGAUUACAUUUGCCUGAAUCGCAAUCAUCUGCUUUACUUCUAUGUAAAAUGUUCUGAUUUUGCAAUGCAUGCAUGAACACUACCUUCUGCAUUCCAUGGUAAUGGCCUCUUUUAGUCAAACGUUUCCAAUGACACCCCGUACUACAGCAAACUGUGUGGAUUGCAGAACUGACGACAAUCGAAUUUCUGUUUGUUGAACCGUGAAAUAAAGUUGCUUGCGGGCAAAUUCUGAAGGACCAUUUAUCCUUGAUGUUUAUGUCAUAAACAUAGAAUUCCCGAGUGGGUUCCCGCAUUUUGUUGGAGUCUUAGUGUAGCUGUUAGGGGAUAUAUAUUUUAUUGCGGGGGAUUUUGGUUACAGCUGCUAUCAACUGAUUGUUUUAAGGAUCCAGUGUUGUGUAUUUAUGCGUGAUUAUGGUAAAAGAAACCCGAAGAUUUUCACGAUCAUGAUUAUGGUUUGUUUACUAGAUAACAAAUUCA